CAAGCAAAGUUGAGCCGUCUGUUCUCCCAGUUCUCUUUCUCGCAUUCGUCCAAAUUGCCAGUGGAAUCAUUUGCAACUGUGGAAACUGUGGCUCUGCGAUCGGUGAUCUGUGAAUGAGUCCGAUCAGUCGUGCCAUCGUCGCGUGCUCGACAACACAGCACAAUAAAAACGCGUUCUGUAUUGUGUAUAUUAAACAAGUUGAUAUUAAACAAAUUAACCAAAAGGUUUAAAUUUUUAUGCAAAUUUAGAUCAGGCGGCAAUUUAUUAUAUAUACUAAUUUCAUUACUCCUAGCAAAGGGAUCAAAACAAGGAAAUUUCUUUGGUUGGCUUAGCUGCGACUAGGUCCAACUGAAACCCACCUUUGGCAACGUCCCCCCGCCCGUGUGUACGGGGCCUAGGGUAAUACUCACACAGAGUCACAAUGACGCGACCCAAGCAGAAUGCCAGCAAGUUCAAAAGCUUCAUGCAGGAGAAUGUGCUCACAAUGGCCACCGUGAUUGGUGUAUUUGUGGGUGGUCUUGUGGGCUUUAUCAUCAAGAACAGUACCGGCGAGUGGACAAAGCGUGAGAUUAUGUAUAUAUCAUUUCCGGGUGAAAUAUUUCUGCGCAUGCUGAAGUGUCUCAUCGUACCAUUGUUGGUUUCCUCCAUAACGAGUGCCAUCGGUGGACUGGAUCUGAGCAUGUCCAGCAAGAUUGCCACCAGAGCCAUUACUUACUACUUCGUCACGACAAUCUCGGCUGUUAUUUUGGGCAUUUGUCUAGUCACAACAAUCCGACCCGGCCAGGGUGCCAAAAUUGUGGAAACCCGUACAGAGACCAUUGACAAGGCCUCCAAGGUUUUAACACCCGAUACUUUAAUGGAUCUAGUGCGAAACAUGUUUACGGAUAACAUUAUUCAAUCGACAAUGUUUCAGCAUCGCACGGAGAUAUUUGAAAACACCAGCAUUUCGCCAGCACAGCCCAUGGAGAAUUGGGAAUUCAAGUCGGCGCAACGUGAGGGUUCCAAUGUGCUUGGCCUGGUCAUGUUCAGUGUGAUCUUGGGCACAACAAUUGGACGGAUGCGAGAGAAGGGACAACUUCUGCAGGAUUUCUUUACCACGCUCAGUGAGGCAAUGAUGACAAUAACAUCUUGGGUAAUUUGGAUUUCUCCACUCGGCGUGGCCUUUUUGAUAGCAGCUAAGAUUAUUGAGAUGGAGUCUAUAGCGGCAACAAUACAGUCAUUAGGAUGGUAUUUUAUAACCGUGAUGAUAGGUCUCUUCCUGCAUGGCUUUGGUACCAUUGCGCUUAUAUUCUUUUUGGGCACACGUCAAUUGCCAUAUCGCUUCAUAGCCAAACUGAGUCAGGUAUUGGCCACUGCCUUCGGUACGGGCUCCAGCUCGGCCACCAUGCCCCUGACCAUCAAAUGUUUGGAUAACAUGGGAAUCGAUCCGCGUGUAACACGUUUCGUCAUACCCGUGGGUGCCACGAUCAACAUGGAUGGCACCGCCUUGUAUGAGGCUGUGGCAGCUCUCUUUAUCGCCCAAUAUCGUGAGAUGAGUUACUCCUUUGGCACCAUUGUGGCGGUUAGUAUAACGGCGACGGCAGCUUCUAUUGGUGCUGCGGGCAUACCACAGGCAGGUCUGGUUACAAUGGUGAUGGUACUGGAUACUGUGGGUCUGGAGCCCAAGGAUGUGUCUCUGAUUAUUGCAGUGGAUUGGCUGCUCGAUCGAUUCCGUACCACCAUCAACGUCAUGUGCGAUGCUCUGGGCACAAUUUUGGUUAAUCAUCUAUCGAAGAACGAUUUGGCAAGCGUAGACCGGCUGAAUGCUGAGCCACAUGAGCUGCUCGAGCUUGGCGCGAAUGCUCACGAAAUGAAAGAAUGAAGGCAGUCCUCGCUUGGCGCCUAUAAUCGCAAACGAUGAGUGAUCGAGGAUGAGCACAAUAACGACGACGACGAGAUCCAUGUGCAGAUCGAGCCUGAGGUCUCUCGACAUCGUUAGUUGCCCCUCCUCAUCAUUUGGUUUGUGGCUUAAAGCGGCCAAGACGCAAUUUCAAUUUCAAGCAAUUUGCAACAGUUAUUUAAACUGUCAAAACAUCAACACGAAUUUAUUGAAUACUUUUUCUUCGAUGGAACAUUUGAAAAAGCCAGUAAUAAUAUGAAUAAUUAGCAUAUUACAUGAUGUACAUAAUUUUGAUUAUAAUUAAAAUUAAAUUGAUCGAGUUCAAAUUUCAAAUACAUUUUCAUGCUUAGUAUUAAAACAACAGAAAUGUUAUAAAGGCACAAGAGACACAUAUUAAGUAUCGUUAUUACAAAUUAUCCAUAGUUACGAAUAGAAAAUUCUAAGACAAAUAAAAUACGUGUUGUUUCUUAUUUAAAAUAUACUUUACAAAAUAUUAUGAAAAUUAUAGAAGUUUGUAAGAACAAUUAGAGUUAAAGAAUAUUAAAAAAAAAUCGUUCGAUCAAAAUUUACACAGAAAUUAAAUGCCGUUAAAAGUUCUUGUUUGAAGUUGAGCUUUGUAAAUACUUAAUAGCUUAAGAAUAAUUAAAAAUUAUUACAUAAUUGUGUCAGCAUUAAUAAAGCCAAAUCACAAAAAAAUAACAAAAAUAAAAAGCAAUUUCCAAAUACAAAAAAAAAAUUGAAGAAAAACAAGAAUAUUAAAUGACAAUAAUAUUGCGCUGCAAAAGCUCAAAACAAAUGUCAGAAAUAUUAAAUACGUAAAAUAGCACAAAAGAAUAAUAGCAAUAUUAAUUAUUCCAUGUUGUUAACUAAAUUUUAGAUGUUAACAUAUAUUGAAAAACAAAUCGCAGCCUAUUCCAGAUUAACAUUUUUGACAUCUGUCAAAAUUUAUAUAAUAAAUUAAGAAGAAAAUAAAAGCUGUUUGUAGUUGUUUGUGUAGCCUAAAUAUUUACAAAUAAAAUUUUUCAAUCUGUACAUGUACUUA